AUGCGUGCGUCGUUGUUCUCCUUCUUCAUCGUUGGUAUCACAUUGGUCGUGGCCUUGAGAGACGGGGAAUACUUCUAUUCUGAUGGCAUUAGGGAGGGUUUGCAUCUUUCCAAAGCGGGGCACGAUGUAGACAUCAGUCUUACUCAAAGGGAUAGGCAUGGACCAAGUUAUGCGAAGACGUUUCGUUUAAAGGGGAGACUACAGGGGGAGACUGCAGAGGACGAGUGCUUGACUGAUGUGACGUUUAUGCAGAAUCCUGACAAGUUUCGUGGCGAUGUGAAGGCAGAGGGAGCUAUAUGUUUCAAUAGCAGCAACUAUGUCAUCUUCAAUGGUAUACAGUUGGAUAGCCUCACCAAUGCAGUUAAGCUGAGGCCUUGGAGGGUCGGUGCUUUCAUCGCCGUUGGCACCUUCAAGGGCUCAGUACCCCAAUUCGGUAUGACUGUCGUAUUCAAUGACUUACAGCAUGUGGAUGCAGUGAGGGAGGGGAGGGUGAUUGUGGAGGGGUCUAAGAGGUUUAAAGAGCACAGCGAAUAUCAAGUUACCUUUCACCAAGACUUAGCUAAACUUAAUAGAAUUCAUAUCACAAGUAGCGUGAAAGUAGAGAAAGACAGUCGUUUUGGAGGUAGGAGAGGGAACGCUGUUGGAGACAUCAUUUGUCGUGAUGCGAGAUCGACAUUUUACUACCGUCACCCGCUGCUCCUCGUGGACAUACCUAAGGAGGUGUUCCUGGAUGGGCAAGAGAAAUGGGGACAGUCGGUGCCGAUGAACGGCUUGAGGAUCCUACUCAUGCGGGAAGAUGACGAUAAGGCAGAUGCGGUAGUGAAAUCUAGCAUGCUCAAGAGGGGCCGCAAACGCAUGUCGAAGAGAGAUGUGAUGCUGGCUGAUGACGAACUCGCGAUAGAACUGGACUGA